GAGAUAUUUCACGCAGUUUUUAUAAGCGUCCAAUCGCUCGGAUGAAGAUGAGUGCAUGCCAAAGAAGUUUGGAUGAUAUUUUGGCUGAAAUUCAUAAAAAAGAACUCGAAAUUCAAUUGCUUAAGGAGGAACUUCAAUUAUCAGAUGACAUAGGAUGUACAAAUCCACCCCCUACUUUGUUUCAACACAAGGAAAGACUUACUAACGCAGAAAUCUCCAGGUACAGUCGCCAGCUGAUACUUCCAGAGAUUGGUGUCAAAGGUCAGCUAUUGCUAGGUAAAACAGCUAUACUGAUAGUGGGAGCAGGAGGGCUAGGUUGCCCAGCAGCAAUAUAUCUCGCUGCAGUAGGAAUAGGUAAGAUAGGAAUUGUUGACUAUGAUGAGGUUGAACUGAGCAACUUGCAUCGACAGAUCCUGCAUACAGAGAGGAAAGUGGGCUUGGCUAAGUGUCAGUCAGUUGUCGGAGCAUGUAGAGGGUUGAACUCGUUUGUAGAGUGCGUGCCUCACCAUGUGCAGUUUGACAGCUCCAAUGCCCUGGACAUUGUAAAACAAUAUGACAUCGUGCUGGAUGCGUCAGACAAUGUGGCCACUCGGUACCUUCUCAAUGAUGCCUGCGUGAUAGCCGGCAAGCCUCUAGUGUCUGGAAGUGCUCUCAGGUUUGAAGGACAGUUGACAGUGUACAACCAUGAAGGGGGGCCAUGCUACCGUUGCUUAUAUCCCAAACCUCCCCCAGUUGAGGCUGUCACCAAUUGUUCUGACGGAGGUGUCCUUGGUGUUGUGCCUGGAAUCAUAGGCAGUCUUCAGGCCCUAGAGGCUAUCAAACUUGCCUGCAAGAUGGAAUCCAGUUACAGCAGGAAACUGCUACUGUUUGAUGCCCUGGAUGGUCGGUUCACAGCAAUCAAACUGAGGGGCCGGCAACCCUCGUGUCCUGUGUGUGGGGACAGCCCCACCAUUGUGAGGGGCAGCCUAGUGGACUAUGUGCAGUUCUGUGGGGCCCAGGCCUCUGAUAAGGACAAAGCUUUGACAGUGCUCAAACAGGACGAAAGAAUAACAGUACACGACUACAAGCAGUACAUAGAGGAGCGAAGACCGCACGUGCUGGUAGAUGUAAGGGAACCAGUGGAGAUGGACAUAUGUCGUCUGCCUUCCCCCGCCAUCAACAUAUCUUUACAAAAUAUAGACAAGAAGGACAGCAUAUUGUUGAUUCAGCAAAAUCUCCAGGAAUUAUCCGCACGUGAAAAUCAAGACAUUCGUCAAGUUCCGGUUAUAUGCGUCUGUCGUCGCGGUAAUGAUUCCCAGCUUGCUGUGCGCAAGCUUCAACAGGCUCUAGAAGGCGGAGUGCCAAUAUGUGAUAUUCUUGGCGGGCUGAUGUCAUGGGCCAAGCACGUGGAUCCAAGUUUUCCGACGUAUUGAGAGUGCGCGUUGUAUUAUUUAUUUGUAAUGCAAUAAAACAAGAAGAUAUUA